UGCAUCCAUCAACUCAUAAAACCCAAAGCGCUCUCAUCAUACGCCCUUGAGUUUCCCUCCUCUCCCGUCCCUCAUCCGCCCGUCACAAACGUGCGCUCGAAACAAUCGAGUGAAUGCUGUGAAUGCUCCAAUCACGUGGACCCGCGUCACUACUUGAAACAUAGGGAAAGGGCUGCGGACCGUGCCGCCUCAGCCUCGCGGGGCGCAGUUAAAUUCCAUUCCACCGCCUCCUCUUCUUCAAGAGGACGCCCGUCCACAUCGCCCUGCGAUUCCGUUUCACUCGCUCUGUCUGCACCCUUGGAAACUUCAGUCCUCCAUAUCGGCUCCUCACGCGAACACCAACACAAUGGGCCAAUCCUCCUCCCAAGUCCUCGAAGGCCGCGCCCCCACCCCGGAGCCCGACAUCUCGCCUGAAGAACGCGCUCGCAUGCAAGCCGAAGAGCGCGAGCGCCGCGCUGCAGCCGCGCAGCAGCGCUUUGAGACUCAGCAGAAGAGGAAGGGAGCAGCGGCGGAAAAGAAGAAGAUGAGUGCGCUGGAGCAGAUGAGUAAGGAGAAUCGGGGGUGGAGGGUGGCGGACGAGCAGGCCGAGUUGAGGGCUUACAAUUAGAGUGUGGGGUAUGGAGGCCGCUGGCAAAGGGCAGAGAGGCUGGAGAAUGGUAACUGGCGCAAGGAGGGGAGGGGCGCUUAGGGUCAAUGGGACAGGUUUGCAAUGACGGGAACAAUGAUUACACUCUAUGCUCCCUUACUAAGCCC